AUGCCUUGCAAAGAUGUGUUCAACAUAAUGACAUCCGAAGUUGGAGAUUACCUCUGUCCGGACGGACUCCGCGAUGAAAUUAGCAAAAACAUUAAGAACUUGCUAAUAAUUGACUGCCGUUCGCAAUCGGAAUAUACUCGUUCUCACAUCAGAGGAGCUAUCAAUGUCACGCUGCCAUCAUUAAUGCUCAAAAGAUUAAAACGAGGAAAUUUGAAUAUUUCCUCCGUGAUUCAGAACAAUGAAGCUAAAGAACGUUUUACGAAGUAUUCCAAAACCGCCACAAUUGUGUUGUACGACGAGUGCUCUACUGAUAUCAACGCUAACCAAUCUUCCGUGAUCAGCUUGUUGGUGAAAAAGUUGAGACAGGAUGGUUGCCGGGCAACUUUUCUUCUUGGUGGGUUCUCAACUUUUGAAGAACGGUUCCCUGAAUACUGCCAGAGUCAGGACCAGGAGAGCAACAUCAUUGGCUUAUGCAAUCUCAGAAUAUCUGAUGAGCCUAAAUUCAGUGACAGCGACAAUUUGUCCACCUGUAGCACAGCUAGCCCCAUCACCUGCCCAUUCCCUGUUCAAGUGUUGCCAUACCUCUACCUCGGAAGUGCAAAGAACUCAGCAGAUUUGAACCAGCUCAAAAAGUAUGGUAUCUCUUACAUCCUGAAUGUGACCGCCAAUGUCCCCAACACAUUUGAAGAUGAGAAGAAUUUUAAAUACCUGCAGAUACCAAUCUCCGACCACUGGUCUCAGAAUCUCUCAUCGUUCUUUCCACAAGCAAUCAAAUUUAUUGAUGAAGCACGAAACAAUCAGAAAGGCAUCCUUGUCCACUGUUUAGCAGGUAUCAGUCGAUCUGUCACAGUCACAGUUGCUUAUUUAAUGUGCCGAGAAAACAUGACAUUAAAUCAAGCAUAUGAUCAUGUGAAAAUGUGCAAGCCCAACAUUUCUCCAAACUUCACUUUUAUGGGCCAGCUUCUUGACUUUGAGAAGGACCUGCAUGGGGAAAAAGGAACAGAUUCUGGGGAUGAGAGUCUCAAUAGUGAUUCUGAGAAGCUGAGUCCCACAAGCAGCAGCAGUAGUCCCCUUUGA